CGUCUUCUUCCCCAAUAAGAAAAAGAAACACAGAGAAACGCCAUACAAUCUCUCUCUCCCCCCUUGAUCGAUCCUCAAUCACUGAAGGCCCGAAUUAGCAGAAGCUCCAGCUCCAACAGAAACGAUCCUCUCUCGCAAUCUCUACCCGCCGAGUAAUCAUCAUCCAGUUGCAGCUUCUCGUUCUCGUGUGAUUUCGUCACCUGCAUCAAUCAGGGUUUGGACGUUCUGAUUGUUUAAUUGAGCGAUGGGGGCGUUUGUAUCGAGGUUCUGGUUCAUGCUGUUUCCUGCGAAGGAGUACAAGAUCGUGGUUGUGGGGUUAGAUAAUGCUGGGAAGACCACUACCCUUUACAAGUUGCAUCUCGGGGAGGUGGUCACUACCCACCCGACUGUCGGCAGCAACGUAGAAGAGGUCGUGUACAAAAACAUUCGGUUCGAGGUUUGGGACCUCGGCGGGCAAGAAAGGUUGAGGACAUCAUGGGCAACUUACUAUAGGGGAACACAUGCCAUCAUUGUUGUCAUAGACAGCACUGAUCGGGCUAGGAUUUCCAUAAUGAAAGAUGAGAUAUUCAGGUUGCUCGGGCACGAUGAUCUGCAGCAAUCGGUAGUGCUUGUCUAUGCAAAUAAGCAGGACUUGAAGGACGCUAUGACCCCAGCGGAGAUCACCGAUGCCCUCUCCCUCCACAGCAUCAAGAACCAUGACUGGCACAUACAAGCUUGUUGUGCCCUAACAGGAGAAGGGCUAUACAAUGGUCUUGGGUGGAUUGCGCAACGUGUGACCGGGAAGGCACCCUCGUGAUUGGAUGAGAAAACCAAAUUACUGCUUUGCCAAACUCACACUUUUUCCUUUAUCUUUCAUGUAUUACUUUCGGAACGGAUAAAGAUUUCGUGAUGUAACUUGUGUCUCAUGAGGAGUUAAGUCAUCCGUCAAAUCUGCAUAUUAUCUUCUCAUUUCAUUUCGUACCUUUUGUGUGCGAUCAUAUUUAUAUGAAAUACAUGCUCUUUUGAGGA